AUGCAACAGCCACCGCCACCGCGGCUGACACCUCCACCGCCAUCAGUGCCACGUCUGAUGCUCGCCUCUGGUGCUGCCCCCAACCACGCAACAGCCACCGCCCCUGCGGCUGACACCUCCACCGCCAUCAGUGCCACGUGUGAUGCUCUCCUCUGGUGCUGCCCCCAGCCACCCACACAACAGCCACCGCCACCGCGGCUGACACCUCCACCGCCAUCAGUGCCACAUCUGAUGCUCUCCUCUGGUGCUGCCCCCAGCCACGCAACAGCCACCGCCACCGUGGCUGACACCUCCACCGCCAUCAGUGCCACGUCUGAUGCUCUCCUCUGGUGCUGCCCCCAGCCACGCAACAGCCACCGCCACCGCGGCUGA